UCGGAUAACUUCGGCCAGGUCCUUUCUCCAUGUGGAGUUGGAAAUGUUUACUUGUGUUUUACGCUCCUACUGUAUUGAUAUGAUUAUUCCACUUCACUUAUUUCAACGAAAAUCUUAGAUUGUAACAAAAUCCGCAAGAGUUGAAGAAGAUGGAUGAAUGGGAUCCAAGAAAAGAUGACUUUGAAAACAAGACGUUUAAUUCCUACACGAAAGGUCCAGGAAGGAACCUGUCCAUUAAGAAGAACUAUGUCAAGGGCAGUGAGAAACAUGUUCAGUUGUAUGUUACCGGCAUUCCACAAGAAAUAACAGAGGAUGGACUUGAGAGCCUGUUUGGCCGUGCUGGCACAGUUGUCAGGGUGAAGAAAAUGAUGUCAAAGAAAGAGAAUGCUGAAGACACUUUUGGGUUUGUAACAAUGGGAAGCCUGAGUGAUGCUGAAAGGGCUAUAGCAGAGUUGAACAAUUUUAAGAUAAACAGAUUUACCCUCCGUGUCAGUGUGUCGUUGUCAAGGGAGGAGUUAGAAAAGAAGAAACAACAGAGACAGGAACUUGGAAUGAUGACAGCUAGAGGUUUUGAUGAGGCAUUUAGUGAUUCAGAUACAAGUGUCAAGGAUUUAAACAAGCCCAAAAUGAUGAAUGGUAUAGGAGGGGCCGGUGCAGCUACAAGUGCUAUAGGAGCUGGGCGUGGACAGAAACUUAAAGAAAUCACACAAGUGAGCCCAGCGGGAGAUGCAAGACCGAGUCCAUCAGGAGGCGCCAGACCACAGGCGGGCAGUUACCCAUUUAAUGAUCUCACUAUACAAGUGGACAGGGAUGGGGGCAGAACUGUCCCACAAAGCAAUGGGUCAGUCAGUGAUCUUACAAGUCUCCAUACCCCUGUUGGUCGUGGAAAGCCAAUGGGGAGAGGGAUGUAUACAGACAACAGAUAUGACAGUGAUGUCGGAUAUGGUCAUUCAAGGCCGAACAGAGGGAGAGGUGGUCGCAGUAGAGGAUAUCAUCCAAGAGGUGGUCACAGGGGUCGAGGUGGGUACUAUCGAGACUACUACGACGAUUAUGAUGGAGGGUACGGAGGAUACCGUCAGCCCUUCAUGGGACGAGGAAUGGACUUUCAUAGAUACGCCAUGCCCGCAGUUUAUGUUACAGAUCCGUACAUGGGAAUGAUGGGUGCCCCCCAUUUACUGCAGCCUGCCUAUGGACAGACCAUGAAUACUUCAAUGAUGAACACCACUAUGCAACAGACUCCCAUGCCACAACAUACUCCGAUGCCACAACAGACUCCUAUGCAACACCAGUUGCCCAUGCAACAAACAGCUAUGCCCCAACAGACAACUCAUCCAAAACAAGAUGGGGAAGCUGGAAAGGUCCUGCGACAAGAAUGUUCUGUUUGUGGAAAGCUUGGCGUAUCCCGCUGCAGUAAAUGUAAAGUGCCAUACUGCAGUGCUGCAUGCCAGGAAAAAGAUUGGCUGGAACAUAGAAAAGUGUGUCAGUCAGUUAGCAAAGAAAAAGAAGCUAGCAAAGCAUUGGAUGAUUUUGAUGUCAGUGUCGGUGAUGAACUUAUACCUCAAGUGAAAAAACUGAUGGAGAAAGCUACAGGUGAUACGAUCCAGGUAACAAAAAAGUCUGAAUACAGUCCUAGACCUAGGUCAGAUACUGAAAGUUCAAGAGGUCAAGGUAGAAAAGAGGAAAGGCGGGAACGCCAGAGCAAUGAUGAACGGGGUGCAGAUAGACAAGAAAAUGACAAUAAGAGCAGAGGAAGACAAAAUGAAGACAGACGGGGCCAGAGAAAGAGGGAAGAUAGUGGGCAGAGGGGCAAAACAGGGGAUAGGAGAUCUGGAAAGAAAGACCAGGAUGAUAAAGCAUGUUUUAACUGUGGAGAAACUACACAUAUGAGGAACGAGUGCCCCAUGCCGAAUAACUACAAGGCAGAAUGUUACAAUUGCCAUAAGCGAGGACAUAUUUCAAGGGACUGUCCAUUAAAAGAAGAAGUUCAGCGUCGAAAUGACUCGUCAAAUAAAAGUGACAAUAGAAGACAGAAGACCAGUCCAAAGUUGAAUAAUGAUGAAGAAUGGGAUGAAGAACCAGUCUCACCGAAACCAGUCUCUAGUCAAAAAACCUCUAAACCAGUUGCUGAAUCUACACCAAAGAACACUGUAAUUGCAACAAAGAAGAAAUCACUGCCAUCCCCUCCUCCCAAAAAGAAGUUACCGGCAGCCAAUAUGCCUUUGAAUCAGGAGAUUAUGGCGGUAAUAACUGAAGUGCAGGAUCCAGGUCACUUCUACAUACAAAUGGCCUUGGAAGAAACUGCUGUGCAAUUUACAGAACUUAUGACCACAAUGCAUCAGACAUUUGAGAACAGCCAACCAGAUAUGAAUUCAGUAUUGCAAGGAGAGAUCUAUGGUGUAAAGUUCAGCUUGGAUGGGUCGUGGAAUCGAGCGCAGGUCAUUAGUGUAUCCGGAGACAGUAUUAUGGUUCAAUUCCUCGACUUCGGCAACAAAGAGACGACAAAGCUCGAGAACAUACGACAACUUUCUAACGACAUGAUGAAACUUCCAGCUCAGGCUGUGUUGUGUGCCUUGGAAGGAAUCAUUCCGAUGUCUGGCCAGAACUGGAAUAUACCUGAUGUAAAAAACUACCUUCAACCAGACAUACCAUAUCAUGCUGAAUGUAAGAGAGUUGUAGAUACAGCUGGAGGGAAAAUAAAUGAGGUAGUGCUAAAGAAUACAGACAGAGAGCUUGUCUCUCAGAAACUUGUGUCGGCUAAUCUUGCUAAAACAUUGAGAAGUACUGAGUCAGCUGCCUACACAAGUCCUAAAGCGAUGCAGGCAAGAACAGCAGGGCCUGUAUCAAGAUCAGAAAGAUUGAUAAAUGCAAAGGAUAUUCAGAGAUUUGUUGAAAAGUUGACGGUAGGUGUAGAGUACCCAUUACUGAUCGCAGAUGCUAAAACUCCAACAGACUUCAGUAUACAGAUCCUGGAUGAUGAAAAUAUUCAACAAUUUACAGCGUUCAAUAUGAAGUUUCACGAGGAAUGUAACAGAAUACCAGAGACUGAGUACAGACCUAAAGCAGCUGGAGAAGUUGUUGCCUCCAAAUUCAGUGAAGCCGAAGGAUGGUACAGGGCUGAGGUUUUGGAACUAGUUACUGGUGGAGCUAAGGUUUUGUAUAUAGACUACUUAAACUCCGAAACAGUCACUUUCGAUAUGAUGAGGAAAGCCAUACCAAUGUUUGCCACAUUCCCAGCUCAAGGAAUCUCAUGCAAUUUGUAUGGUGUUGUCGAGCCGGUAGAUGGAAAAUGGCCACAAGAAAUCUUUGCUUUGUAUGAACAGUUAUCUCAAACAGCUUUAAAAGGUACUGUGAAAGAAAUUAAAAAUGGAGUUGUUACCAUGGAACUGCGAGAACUGACUGGAGAGUUCGUGAAUGAGAAAAUUAAAGAUAUUUUGAAGAAGAAUGUGAAGAAAGAGCCUCAGAGGACUGCACAUGGAAAAAUUAAUUCGGGAGAACUGCAGAGGACUGCACAUGGAAAAAUUAAUCCAGGAGAAUUGCCGCUAGAUGGCAGCAAAGUACAAGCAAUGGUCACGAAUGUUUCUGCUAUUGACAGUGUUUAUGUUCAAGAGAUAGAUGAUGAUAUGGAGAAAAAGCGAAAUGAAAUGAUGCUAGCAUUGAAUCAGUCUUUAAGCCAAACUGAAACAAGAGAACCAUAUGAGCCAGAAGAGGAGGAAUAUGUAGCCGCAGUAUAUGCUGCAGACGGAACUGCAUUAUGGUAUAGAGCAUUAGUCAAGGUCAAGGUCUCGGAGAACAAUUUUAUGGUUUCGUUCGUUGACUAUGGUAAUGAGGAAUGUGUUCGGACUGAAGCAAUUGCUCCUUUAGAAUUGAGAUUUAUGUCGUUGCCAGCGAUGGCAAUUCGAUGUCAGCUGGCUGGCAGCGAGGGUGUCGUCGACCAACAGACACUUCAAAAUUUGAAAAGUCUUACUGAUAACAAAAUGUAUGUUAAAGCAAUUAACUAUGUGAGAGGAAUAUACAAGGUUGAAAUGUUCCUAGUUGAUGGUACAAAUGUAAAUGAAGCUUUUGAGUUCUGUUCCGGCAAAGAUGUGUCAAAGGGAGCAACAAGCACUUCACCAAAAGUUGCCGAAGUGAGUCGUUUUGACAUAGCUGAGACCAGUUUACCUGUAGAUGGGACUAAAGUUGGCGCUAAAGUUGUGUUGAUAGAUAGUUUAGCAAGCUUUUACUUUCACCGGUUAGAUGAAGAGGUUGACCAGAAACUAAUGGAGUGUUUGAAAGACAUGCAGCUCCAGUACCGAGAUGACAAUCGUGUAUAUAACGGAGAGGUUGGGGAAUAUGUGGCUGCCUUGUAUGACGAUGGUUCAGGUGCUGUGUGGUAUCGUGCUAAAGUUCUUCAUACAGUUGGAAAUGAAGUUAAGGUCUCUAUUAUAGAUUACGGAAAUGAAGGUUUUGUUGGGAAGGAAUGUAUUCGUAAGUUAGAGAAGAACUUUACUGAGUUGCCGGCAGUUGCAGUGAGAUGCAAGUUAAAUGGCUGCACAGGGGAGGAGCCUCAUGAAGUAGUUGAAGAGUUUUUGUCUAUCCAAACUACAACAGUGAAAGUGAAAGCUAUCGAGAAAAAAGGAGACAGGUAUUUAGUUGAAUUAUACCUUUUUGACCCCUUAGAAACUUCUGUCGCAGAUUGCCUCGGGCUUAAUACAGAGCAGAAGGUGAAAAGUCCAGAAAAAACUACUAGUGAUACAGGUAACAACCUUUCAAGGUCACCUGUUUCAAAUGCGCAUUCAAAGGCACCAAUAUCUAGACAAAACAUUUCAGUACUCUCAGACUUAGAAUUACCACUAGGAGAAGAAGUUCACGCUGUUACAUAUGUGAUUGAAAGCUUGAGAUCCUUCUACGUACAGAAGGCAGACGACGAGACCCAGAAAAACCUGGCUACCAUGAUGAUAGAACUUGCUGAAGCUUGCCAGAGCAAAACAAACGCACAUCGAGCUUCUGCUGGAGAAAUAGUUGCUGCCUUGUUUGUGGAUGGUGGAGAUGCUAACUGGUACAGAGGACAGGUGCUUGAACUGAUAGAUUGUAAACAGUGCAAAGUGAUUUUUGUGGAUUAUGGAAACACGGAAACUGUUCUCUUCACUGAUAUUAGGAGACUGGAAUCCAGGUUCUUGAAUUUUCCAAGAAUGGCAAUUCAUUGUGCUUUAGCGGGGUUAGGAAAUGAGACGGAGAGCAUGUUGCAAAAAUUCAAAACCAUUUCGAAUGUGCCAAUGACAGUUCUUGCAAAAUCUCUACAGAAUGGAGUUUAUGAAGUUGAAGUGAUUACAUCGGAUAAUAAAAAUAUGAAUAGAGAGCUUGGUCUGGCGUUUGGUGCAACUGCUCCAAUGUCGCCAAGCACAGAAAUUGUGGACAAUUUACCCAAGGCCAUUUCACCGGCAAAAGACAGACUUCCAAAGAAGGUAUCUUCGCCCCCAAAAGGUGAAAGGAAGGCUGUAUUCACUCAGACGUUAGCCAAAAGUCGACCCAAGGGAAAGGAGUUUACAGCAGUGAUAACAUUUGUUGUACGACCAAAUCUGUUUCACUGCCAGGUGUAUGAUCAGUCAAUGUUGCAAGAUUUGAAGUUUCUUAGUGAAACAAUGCAGUUAGAGUGUGAAGCCGAGUUCGACAACAAUGUUGGACUAAGAUUUGAAGUUGGAGAACUGUGCUGUGCUAAAUUUCCAGUGGAUAAUAACUGGUACCGAGCUUCAGUGUUGGAGAUAUUCCCAGACAAUACAGUGAAAGUAGAGUAUGUGGACUUUGGGAACCAGACUGACGUACCUACCUCCCACCUUAGACCUGUCACAGAAGAUUAUACCCGACUACCUCUGUUAGCAUUCAGAUGCUCUUUACAUGGUGUAAGCCCAGUUGGAAGCAGUUGGACAAAAGCUACCACUGAAGAAAUGAGUAAAUUCCAGGAUAAACAACUCUAUGGCAGGGUGGUCAGCAUGAACAACGAUGUGUAUGAACUGGACCUGACCGACCUUGAUACCAAAGUGAACAUGGCCGAGUAUCUCAUCUCGAUUGGUCUUGCUAAAGCUGAUGAUACAGACAAUGGAGGUAUGAGUGAAAUGGAGAGAUUGAGGAGAGAAAAGGAGUUACUUCAGCGUCAACUGGAAGACAUGCAUGCCAAGAUGGCAGCCAUUCAGAAGGGCAGUAAAUAAACACGUAAAGUAGGAGUUAGUUUCUUAACGAUGUCUUAGUGCUGUUGGGAAGGACUUUCAGAUCUGAGAUUAAAAUGUUAUAUAUUAAUUAGCAAGUGGUGAAUUUUUGUGGCCAUGUAUUUCCAUAAUUAAUGGUUAUUGUUUCAAUAAGCUGUAUAUGAUUUGAAAUUUUUGAAUAGUUUCUGUUGUUUAUGAAACUAAUUCAGUUUUUAGUAGUAAAAACAAGAUAGUUUAUAUAUAAGACAUGGACUUGCAAAUUAUGAGAGGAUAUAAUUGUUUUUGAACAAAGUUUUUAUUUUGAUUUUGUCAGUUUUUUGUAUGAAGAAAAAUGUUAUUUUCAUCAUAUGAAGAUGUGUAGGUUUUUUGGUUGUAUGUGGAUGUAGAUAAUGGAUUGUUAAGCAGUGUUGUAAAAUUGUCUUCUAGUCUGUAUUGUUACAAUGAAUUUUUGUUGUUGCUUUUUAUUUUUACCAAAUAUAAUAAGUUUACUUGAUAUGUUUACAGUUUAAGUGCUUUGAUUUUGAAAUGGAUUUUUAGCUCGACUAUUCGAAGAAUAAGUAGAGCUAUCCUACUCACCACGGCGUCGGCGUCACACCGUGGUUAAGUGUUUCGUACCAGUGCACAUUCUCAACUUCUGACAAAAUCUUUUGAGAUAAAGCUUUGAAACUUAAACACUUGUGUACCAUCACCAUGUCCUGUUUUAGGCAAGAGUAUAUAACUCCAUCAAGGAUUUUGGCUGAAUUAUAGCCCCUUUUAACUUAAAAUCUUGGUUAAGUUUUUCGUACCAGUUCAUAUUUUGUGUAAACUGUUUGACAUAUGGCUUUGAAACUUUUAUCACUUGUUUAUUAUAACAGUCUCUAUUUGUAGGCAGGAGUACGUAACUCUGUCAACUAUUUUGGCUGAAUUAUUGCCCUUCUUGGACUUGGAAAUUGGUACAGUUUUCGUACAAUUCCAUAUUUUGUCAAAACUGUUCAACAUAUGGCUUUGAAACUUUGAACACUUGUUUAUCAUCAUGAUUUCCAUCUGUAGGAAAGAGGACAUAACUCUGUCAACUAUUUUGGCAGAAUUAUGGCCCUUUUUGGACUUGGAAAUUGGUUCAGUUUUCGUACAAGUCAACGUUUUGUCAAAAGUAUUUGACAUGUGGCUUUGAAACUUUGAACACUUGUUUAUCGUUAUGAUCUCCAUCUGUAGGCAAGAGUAAAUAACUCGGUCAACUAUUUUGGCUGAAUUUUGGCCCUUUUUGGACUUUGAAAUCAGUUAAAUUUUUCAUACCAGCCCAAAUUUCGCCUGACCUGUUUGUCAUAUGGCUAUGAAACUUUGACCAUUUAUUUACCAUCAUAGUCUACAUAUGUAGGCAAGACUUCAUAACUAGGACAAGGACUUAAGCUCAGUUAUUUUUGACAUAGAAAUUAGUUUAGUUUGGCAUACUAUUCCAUAUUUUGUCUAAACUGUUUGAUAUAUUGUUUUGAAACUUUGAACACUUGCUUACCAUCAUGGUCACACCUUGCCAUAUAGUGCAAGACUUGUCCAAAUCCACAAAUACAGGUACAUUGUUUAUCUUAUCUACUUCUCUUCUUUUGUCUGAAAAUCUCUGGUAAUAUUUUGACCACCAUACUUCCAUCAAUUCUUCGAAUAGUCGAGCGUGCUGUCAACAGACAGCUCUUGUUACAUUCAAAGUAUGUUUUGAGUUUUACCACAACUUGUAAUGCAGGUACUUUGUCAAACUUAUAUCCAAAUACAUGUAGAUUUUUUGUUAUUAUUUUGUCGGUAGUAGCCUGGCAAAAUCCAUGUCCUUGGUUUAGUGUGUUACCCACAACACAUUGAUAAUGAUUUCUGUCUUCUUGUCUGUUUGUCAUGAAAAUCUUUGGUUAAAUAGAAGAUCUACGUUAGUAGAAACAUUUGAAUUAACUGGCAGAAAAAAAGGAAACACAUUUUCUCUUUCAAGUACAGUGACAUCCCUGACCCCCCAAGGUAAACAGCCUUGGGAACAAUCACAAGCAGUUUAGAGGGGGUCAUGUUUAGAGGGACGUCACUGUAUACAUGUCAAGUAGAUGAAAACUUGUGUUGAUUAGUUUACAUAAAAGUUAGUUUAGAGGAUACCAGUGGUGUAUGGUGUUUUGGACAGUCUUGACCACUGUUAAUAGUUUGUGCUAUUUAUUUUCUGUAUUCUGGAGAAUACAAUCCACAUUCUAGAAGGCAUAGUUUUCUGCAAAGUGUAGUGCAGGGUAUGCCUUUCUGUUGCCAGUUUUAACCCUUACCCUGCUAAAUUUCAAUAAUGAACUUGUCCAUCUUCCAAUUUGGACAGUACCAUUAACUGUUAAAAGGGGUGCUAAGCAAAAAGAUACUGACUGAAUGGCAAACAGUGCAGAUCAUGAUCAGACUGCACGGAUGUGCAGGCUGAUCAUGAUCUACACUGAUCGCAAAGGCACAAUCAAUCGUGUCCAGAAUGAUAAAGGUUAAGGAGAAAUCUAAUGAGUUUAGGUUGGGACUUUUUUUUCUGCAGAGGUUGUUACAAGCAAAAAAGAAAUGUUUGCACACACAACAUUUUGUGGUUGUGAAUCGUAACAUGCUGGACACAAUUCUGCCUUUGUGACCAGUGUAGAUCAUGAUCAGCCUGCACAUCCAUCUGAUCAAGAUUUGCACUGUUCGCCAUUUAGUCAGUAUCUUUUAGGUAAGCACCCCUUUUAACACUGUCCAAAUUAAAAGAUUGACAAGUUCGCAGGGUAAGGGUUAAUCACAGGGAUGUAGAAAUAAUUACAUAACAGUUUAAUCAUAAGAUUGCUUCUUAAAACAACUCUGUAUCUUACACACACACACUAUCAAGCUUAAAGUAUAUAAUAGUUGAUAUAUAUUAGUAAGUUUGCCUUAUAAGUAUACACAUAAUUACCAUUAGAGAAAUGGUUAUUUCAGCUGUUGAAUCUUUUUUCUUUGCCAGUUGGCAGUUGUCACAAUUUCACAAUCAUAAAUUCAAUCCUUUUUGGAUUGCAGUUUAUUUUUAUCAUGCAGAUAUUUUUUAUGGAAAAAGUUGCUCUAUAUGCAGGCGUAGGUUGCCUUCAGAAUUGUCAGAAGGUAUGUGCCUAGCCUGCAUACUCCUCCUGAGUGUGUAAAUAGUGUACAUACUUUAACUCUUUGACACUAGUCUGUGUCGGUAUGUUUUUUGUUGCUGCCCUUAAAGAAACUGCUUAAUUUUUUGAUGGUCCACCAUAACAAGGGAGUGUGUUGAUGGACAAAACGAAAAUUUCGCUGAACGGAAUUUGGCUAGAAGUGAAGUACUUGUUUUCUUUCAGUUGCAGUGUUUGCAUUCACAAGCUUCAGGAAGAAGCUAUAGAUCUUAAUUGAAAGUUGUUCUUUUUUUUCCACAUGUUUAUGCCUCAAGAAAAGGCUUUGUAUAGUAUUUGUUUGAUUUUUUCACAUUAUUAUUUACAGUUGAUACUUUUGUUCAUGAAAUUUUACAGAGUGCAUUUCUCUGUCAACCGAUUUGUUGUGUUUAAAUAAAAAAAAUACAGUCAUAAGGAAUAAGAUUAACGGUUUUAAAACAGAAAAGAGUAAAUUACAUAUAAUUGAAAACAGUUUUCAGGUCAGUUAAGUAAAAGUACAUGAAAACACAGUUCCACAUUUUAUCAUUAACUCACCCAAGUCGAAGACUAAGGUGAAGUAUUGUGAUCAGUUUUUGUCUGUCAUGUGUUGUACAUCAGUAAUUGUUUCUAACACUUGUCUCGUCUGAAACCAAAGUUCUAUAUAGAACUUAGACUACCACUACCACGUUUGCAAAAAAAAAAUGAGUGUGCUAGAGGGAGAGGCAGUUUUCCCUGUAUUGUUAUACUGAAAAAUCUUUGGCCAAGUCAGUUCAGAUUCCACAGAAAAUUCUUAUAGUAUGGCGUUUGUCCAAAAACGUUACAAUAAAUCAGAUCCUGUAUAAAAAGAUUUGCAAUACUGCCAUAUGAAUUACAUAACCCCCGAAUAAACACUCUUGUGAGCUAUAUGGCCAUUAUGGUCCUCCUGUUAACAAGUUGUACCUCAGCAUAUACAGUUCCUAAAUAGUCAAAAUGUAUUUGUUAACAAAUAAUUUUCAUUGAUAUUAUUUUGUAUAGAUAUUUAGUUUGUUUAGUUAAUGACUUAUCACUGCGAUCAGGUCAGAUACCUCACAUCUCAAAGAAAUAUUGUUUGUGUCAAAUAGAAGAAAUCUUCCAGUGCUAUCCAUCUUGCAUACUGCUUUCCAUAGCACUUCUGCCACCCUGACUUAAUUGAUGCAUGAAGUACACAAUCUUAAGUACUUCACUGGUGUGUGAAAUACAAUGAAGUAUUGAAAGAUCAGCAUGCGCUCAACAUAAAGUCUAAAAUGCAAGUGAAAGGGGUUGUUUCCCUUGCUUGUUUCUUCCCCCCUCAGUUAUCUCAUCUUCUUUAUAAAAAAAAAAGAUCAGUAUAACAGGUUACUGUAAAUUAGUACCAAAAAAUCAAACAAAACCAUAUAUUAGUCUGUGUACGAAUAAUGGAUGAAUAGCUACAGUGGUAAAUUCUUCACUCAAGUGUUGAUGAAAACAGUUGAUUGCUGUAUAAUAGAGCUAGAUAGGUUAAACAAUAAUAGAAUGUACUGAAAAAGAGCUGUAUAAUUUGUCAGCUCAAAAGGUAGAUUUUCAGAUAUGAAAUGGUGUUUCUGCUUUUGUUAAAGAGUUGAUUUUCAAAGCCAAUUGUAAGAAAAGAAAUGCAGAAUAUCUUAUUGUUUUAUUGCCAGUUGUGCACUGAAUUUGUCAAAUAGAAGAAAAUUUCCAUAAACUACUGUGGAAUUGCCAUUAAAUUGAUGGAAUUUUCAGGUGAUUCAUGGUAUAUAGAUGGAGUAAAUUAUCAAAAAAGAAGAACAAUUUCUGAAACCCGUGUAGCUGCAAGCUUCAAGUGGGGGUGCAAUUUUGUCAAAUAGAAAACUAUCUCCCAAACUAACAAUAUCAUAUUGUGGGGCUUAUUUCAGUCAAACAGAAGUACUUGUCCUGAAACCAGCAAUUACUGUUGCUGGGAGAAAUGCCAUAAGGUAGAUUCUUUUCCCCAAAGACUGCAGUCUUGCAGUGUAAUUGUGGUAAUAAUGGAGUCUACUUGAUGGAUAAAAUUUCAGUUGUUUUUGUCUCGUGUAGAUGGGGCAAAUGUCAUCAAAUAAGGAAAAUUCCAAUGCACAAGCUCACAGAAAUUGGAAUAGAACUGUCAAUUUGCAGAAAAGUUAGCUCCAAGUUGACAGAGAAAUAGUGGUAAUUUAAAAUAGAAGAAACUGGAGAUGUAAUAAAAAAUCUGUUUACAAAGUCAGCAUACACAAUGCUUCUGUCUGAUGUUAACAAGAUAUAUAUAAUGAUAAGUAGUUUCUCUAGUAACUGGUUACUUGUAUAACAUGUUUCAAUUUUCAGCAAAAACAAGUGGAAAAUGAAUUUUUGUCAAUCCAAGAGUGGUUUGAAAUUCUUUCAUCAUUUGUUUCUAUACCAGAUCCAUCAAUGUCCUGUUAAUAACCUUCAUCUCUCCAUUACUUGAACCUUGUUCCAAGGUCAAGGUUAUGGAAAACAAAAAGCUAACUCGUCUUGUUUCUUGUCCAGCCCAUAGUGCUUACCAUUCAUUGGAGGAUUUUAUGAAAAUGAAAUUAGCGGAUAUCUCAUGGUAGCAUGACUUACUGGCAUACAGGAUCCUGGUCACUAGCCCAAAAGUCAAGAUGACAGGUUGGAAAAAGACAAAAAAAAAAAAGCAAUGAUGCAAAAAUGACACCAUUAGCAUUAAAAUCUUAUCAGCCAUUUCUUUCUUUUUUAGCCCACUGCAGUACUGUGGUAAAUUCUCAAGAGAACUUGACUAUACCUUAGCUUUAGAUUAAAAAGGUAUAAAUUCUUUUUUGUGCAGAUCAAAUAGCUCUUCAUUCAUGAGAAAUACAUGUAUGCAAUUUCAAAGAAAAGAAGGUAAAUUGUUCGCUUAUUUUGGUCAGUAGUUUGCUCACCUGAGCACAAAGUGCUCGAGUUGAGCUAUUGUGAUCACCCUUUGUCCAUCAUCAUAGUCGUCACUCGUCAACGAUUUGACUGCUAGCUAGAGAUCACAGUUUUAGCUCAAUAGUAAUGAAAGUUGGUCAGAAUAUUACCCCCAAUAGUUAGGGACGAUUUCUUUACUGAGCCAUCUUGGAUAAAAAAAACUAGGUCACUAGGUGAAUUAAUAGGCUAAUAUCUUUAAACUUUGUCAGAAUGUUUUUUUCUACAAAAUUUAGGUGAAGUUUGAAAUUGAUUUACCUGAAGUCAAAAACUAGGUCACUAGGUCAGGUCAUAGAAAAACCUAAUUUAAACUCGAAGAGGCCACAUUUUCUUCUUGACCACUAUAAACCUUUUCAGUAUGCUGUAUGAAAUUUAUGUCAAGAUAACAAGCGAGGUGCCUGAAGUCAAAACCUAGGUCUCUAGCUUAAAUCAUAGAAAAAACUUUAUUAACGCUCUAUAGAGGCCAAAUUUUCUACUUUAUCUUCAGGAUACUUGGUCAGAAUGUUUGCUGGUUUAAAUUCUAGUAUCAAUUUGUAACUUGAUCACUUUGACUGAAAACCUAGGUCACUAGGUCAAAUUGUUGAAAGAAAUUUGGUUAAUGUUCUACCUAAUUUACAUAAAACAUGGUCAUAUUAAUGUUUUUCUGUAUGAAAUCUACUUUGAAUAAUAUCAGAGAAAUGUUUCUUCAGUGACCCUUACCAAGUUUGUUCAAAUUAUUACAGUUUGUGUAAAACAAGGACACCAGAGGUGGUAGUCUCUUCUUCAUAUAUGUAAACAGUAUUUCUUGUAUGCAUAUGGUGGAUUCUUUAAAAAAUAAUCUUCUUGUCAUAAAACACUGGCCCAAUUUCAAAAUACUUUGCCAUAUACUUUCCAUGUUUGACCCGCUACCAAAAUUGUUCACUAGGGUGAGCGAUCAGGGGCCAUCAUGGCCCUCUUGUUUGGUUUGUAGAUUACUGGCUUGAUUGCCAGUGAUCAAUAAAUGACCCUAAUUUUUGUAGAGUGAAAGGUCAAGGUCAAACUGGUCAGUUAAGACUGAAAAUGGUUUCCUUAAAAAAAAUGUGAAACGGUUUAGUCUCAAGUUAAACAUCAUGGUACCAUUGCCUGUGGUCAGUAGAUUACCUAUGAUGUUAUUGGGAUGUAAAAAGUCAGAUCUCAAGGGACUGCUUGUGUGCUUAAAGGGCAACUUCAGACAUAUACAUGCAUCUUAUUCCAUAUGACUUUGAAACUAACCUAUAAGUUCAAGUUUAAAGAGCAGAUUUUAAAUUACUUUCAAUAUAAUUAAAAGUAGUUUCUACUACAAGGAUAGAAGCAUUGUUGUCCUUGUUAAUAACAGUUAGCAGUUUACAGCUAAAGCUAAUAAUUAUUUCCUAUACAUUGUUGUUGGUUUCCAAUAACCAGCAAACCAGAUGUUCGAGUGUACUAUAAAAUGUGAUGCAGUUUUGUCCACUAGUUAAAUAACUUCAUUGAGAAAAAAAUCUGAACUUUGUUGAACUUUGAGCGCCACCCUAAUGUUAAUUGUGUUGAUUUGUGUUUUAGUAGCUCGUCUGAACCAAGGGUUCAUGGUGAGCUAUAAGUAUAGGCGAAUGAUCUGGUAUUGAUUCUCAUCUGUUAUAUUAAUAACACUGUAAAGAUCAGAAUUUUACCCAGUUUUAAUGAAACUUGGUCAGAGUAUUUACUUUUAGUAAAAAAUUACACGAGCAUGAUUCUGGGUAACUGAGAACUGUAGGUAUGAUAUCUGAAAACUUUAAUCACUCCAGAUGCAAGAUUUUCAAUCUGAUCUAAAUGAAACUAAGUCAUACUGUUUUGUGGGUAUACAAGCUAGGCCAUUCAGGGAUAUAUGGUAGAAAACCAUUGUUACCAAUUUAGAGUCCACAUGCCUACCCAGUUUACAUGAAAUGGCCUGGAAACCAUUUGGCCUAUGCAUAAUAUCAUGACAACUAGGUACAAUAAUAGCCUAGAAAUAACAUUUUGUCUUCAUAUUUAUGGAAAUUUUUGUUGUCAUUCUAGUUCCAGGUGAGCGACUUGGGGUUACGGUGACCCUCCUGUUAUUGUUUUUUCUCAGUUUGGUUUUGACAUGGAAAGUUUCUCAUACAGAUGUUAAAAAAUAGAGUAUGAACAUUAUGUACCUAUUGGUCAUUUAAUACUGGUGAUCACGAUUUUCAUAAACAGUUAAAGUUUUGUUUAUCUACUGGUAGUAUCACUGUUAAUAAAGUGAAAUGUUUCUAA